GGUGUUUGCGCAAGGGCCGGUGCCGCGCGGAGCCGCCGGAGUGUCUAGACUGGCACAUGAUGGGCGGCAGCCAAUGGCGGCGCCGCUCGCGAGGGGCCCCGCGCGCGCGCCCCGGCCACACAAAAGCCGGCGAGGGGCGGGCGGGCGCGAGCGGGCGGCGGCGGCGGCCCCGGGAGCCGCGCACGGACCCGCCGGACCGGGGCCGCGCCCUGCGAUGCGGACGAGGGACGCGCUGACAACCGGCCUGCGCUGCGGGCUCUGCUGCUGCUUCUUCGCCUUUCUGAUUUAAUUUUUUCCCCCUUUUUUUUUAAUAAUUUUUUUUUUACUUUUUUUUUUUUUUUUCUUAAUACUAUUUUUGGCUGAAGGGAUCCGACGCCUCCGAGCGGCCCCCGGCGCCGGUUCCCCGCCGGGCGGCACCCCCGCGCCGGGCGCGCUUCCCCGCUCCUCCCCACCUUGUAUGGUGGAGCGGCCGCGGGGCGCAGCCGAGCGCUGCCCCGGGCUCCCCCCGGCCCUCGCCCCCGCCGCUCCCCGCCCGGCCCCGCGUUGGCAGCCGAUGUAGGGCACGGCGCGGCGCGCCCGAGCCCCAGCGCCGCCACGGGAGCGGCCCCCGCGGCGCCGUCUAUGCCCGCGCCGCCCCGCCGCCCCCCCCAUGGUGCGGCCCCGCCGCGGGCCGUCCGAGAUCCGCUGGGCAGCAGCGCCGCGGGGAGUCCGGGCUGCUCCGGGGCUGCGAUGAGAUAGAGCCGGCGGCGGAGCGAGGAGCCCCGCGGAGGAGGGCGGGGGGCGGCGGAGAGCGACGCGACCCCCGGCCGCCCGCGGGUCGUAUGUUCAGGUCCAAACGCUCAGGGCUGGUGCGGCGACUUUGGAGGAGCCGCGUCAUUCCGGACAGGGACGGCGGAGAUGGGAGCGCCAGGAGCGGCCACGACCUCGGAGCCACCGGCAGCUGCAAGAUCGCGGAGAAAAGCCCCUCGGUGGAGCUCCGCGCGGUAGCGCGCAGCCUGCUGCUGCGGGAGCCGGAGGAGCGGCGCGGGGCGGCGGGCGAGGCGGCGCCGCGCGGGGACCCCAUGGCGGAGCGGCGCGGGGCCCGGCUCCGCGCCCCCGGCUCCGCGCCGGAGAGCGACGGCCGGACCGUGACCUGCUGCCUCUUCUCGGAGCGGGAGCCGGGCGGCCCCCAACCUCCCCCCGCCGCCGCCCCCGGCCCCGACGGCGCGGCCGACGGCGGCUCCCCGGAGCGGCGGGGCCGGGAGGCGCGGGCGCGGCUGCUGCUGCUGGAGCAGGAGCUGAAGGCCGUCACCUACUCGCUGCUGAAGCGGCUGAAGGAGCGCUCGCUGGACAGCCUGCUGGAGGCGGUGGAGUCCCGCGGGGGGAUGCCCGGCGGCUGCGUCUUGGUGGCCCGCACCGAGGUGCGCCUGGGGGGCCUGGCGGCGCCCCCGCACCUCCUCCUGGGCAAGCUGUUCCGCUGGCCCGACCUGCAGCACCCCGCCGAGCUGAAGCCCCUCUGCGAGUGCCAGAGCUUCGGCGUCGCCGACGGACCCACGGUCUGCUGCAACCCCUACCACUUCAGCCGCCUCUGUGGGCCAGAGUCUCCACCACCUCCCUACUCUCGGCUGUCUCCUAAUGACGAGCAAAAGCCACUGGAUCUAUCAGAUUCCACGUUGUCUUACACUGAAACAGAGGCUACAAACUCUCCCAACGUCACGCCCGGAGAUUUCUCAGACGCCAGCACGUCGCCCGAUGCCGUGAAGAGGAGCCAUUGGUGCAACGUGGCCUACUGGGAGCACCGGACGCGCGUGGGCCGCCUCUACACAGUGUACGAACAGUCUGUCAGUAUCUUCUACGACCUACCUCAAGGAAACGGCUUCUGCCUCGGACAGCUAAACCUGGACAACAGGAGCGAGACUGUGAGAAGGACUCGAAGUAAAAUCGGCUACGGGAUUUUACUGAGCAAGGAACCGGACGGGGUGUGGGCCUACAACCGCAGCGAGCAUCCCAUCUUCGUCAACUCCCCGACACUGGACAUCCCCAACUGUAGGACUCUGAUCGUGCGCAAGGUGAUGCCGGGCUACUCCAUCAAGGUGUUUGACUACGAGAAGUCCUGCCUGCUGCAGCACACGGCCGAGCUGGAUUAUGCAGACGGGCCCUACGACCCCAACAGCGUCCGGAUCAGCUUCGCCAAGGGCUGGGGGCCCUGUUAUUCCAGACAGUUCAUCACGUCGUGUCCGUGUUGGCUGGAGAUCUUACUCAGCAACAACCGGUAACGGUCAGCCUCCCACGAAAGGAAAGCAGCAACAGCAAAACACACACACACAAAAAGAAAAAAAAAAGAAAAAAAAAAAAAAGACACAGACUAUCCCAAAUAUCAUCUACCUAGAUUUAAUAUAAAGUUUUAUAUAUUAUAUGAAAAUAUAUAUUAUACUUGUAAUUAUGGAGUCAUUUUUACAAUGUAAUUAUUUAUGUAUGGUGCAAUGUGUAUAUGGACAAAAAACAGAAAAUGCACUUUGGCUUAUAUAAUUCUUUCAAUACAGAUUUUUAAAAAAAAGAAAAAAAAACAACAAAAAUUAUACAGCAAAAAUAGGAGAAAGCCCUAAUUUUGAUGUAUGGUUUUUUGAAAUAUUAUUAAUACCCAGACAAAAAGCUAAUACCAGUCACUCAUUGAUAAUAAAGUAUUCGCAUUA